UGGCAGUUUUGUGUGUCUGUUUAUGUUGCUGGACAUGUCGUGUCGACAAAUUUCUCAAAUUCACAAUGGAAUGCAUUGAUCAUUCGUAGCUCGUGUGACCCAAAUCUGAAGCAAUGCAGCUGCUUUGCAAGGUAGUCGCGAAAUGCUCUCUCACCUUCACCGGUGAUGCUGUUGCCUUAAAUACGGACGUAACUCGCAGAUGACCUCGAGCUCACUUUGACAACAACAUACCCUUGAGCAAAUACUUUCCGUCCACUACAUCCUGCAACGGUAACAUGUCAGGACUACCAAAGAAGAAGAUCACGGCACUCUCCCAGCCCAUCAACAAAGGGAAACGCAAGCUGGAAGAACGGGAAUUUGCGGUAGACAGUUGUGAUGAACCGACGUCAAUCCUUUUGUCGACGCAGGGUGAGAAUGUCAAGAGCAAGAGAUAUACUUCCAUCUCGCCCCCUCCCACAAAGCGACGCGAUACAAAAAACGUCACCAUGAAGGAACAGAAGCACCUCGACUACAGAGACCUUCCACCCAGCUGGCCAACUGCGCAGUCGACAAGCGCCGCAGCAUCCCAAUUCGCAACACCCAGCUCCCUCAAACUGGUCUACCACCAAGGCGACAUCUUCGAAAACAUACCCAAAGGAUGCCUACUAAUCCAUGCCUGCAACGCCCAAGGCCACUGGGGCUCAGGCAUUGCCAAAGCUUUCCGAGACCAGUACCCCAAAGCCUACGCCGCGCACCGCAACUUCUGCAUCAAAGACCACACCAAGUUCAACCCUGUGCGCACUGGCACGGCCCAGCUCGUUGCGCCAUGUGAAGGCGAGUCGGAGCACUGGAUUGGAUGUGUCUUUACGAGCGCCAAGUACGGAAAGGCAAAGGACAAGCCUGAGGUUAUUGUACGGAAUACUGUUAAUUCGAUGAAGAUGUUGCUGGAGUUGGUCAUGCAAGCGGAGGGUAUUACGGAGAUACGUAUGUGCAUGCUCAAUAGUGGGAAGUUUGGCGUGCCGUGGGAGAAGACGAGCGAGGCGUUGGAGAGCAUUGAAUUGCAGGCUGGAUGGCGUGUGACUAUUGGUGUUUGGGAGCCGGUAUAGUCGGGCAGUGACUGAGUGGAUGAGCAUGCUCGAGGGAAUGGGGAGCUUUAAAGUGGGGAGAAAAUGGCCAGGAUGAGAUCCUGAAAUCACCAAUAUGGGACUCGAACAUUGAGAGCCGAGGGUUACACGGCAGUAUGCUACUGCGCUAUCUGUGCUAUGGGUUGUUUGCUGAAGAUGGAGUCGAUUCCAUGAUAGCAUUGUCGAGUCCACCGGGUGUUUGUUUGAUGGGUCUGAGAAGCUUCAGAUGAGCUGACAAUUAUCAAACGGAACGACAUACGGUUGAAGUCAACAAUGUGGAUGAGAAACAUUUCAAUUUAUACAAAUGCUGUUUGAUAGCU